AUGUUCCACCAGCAGCCAGGAGUAGCACAAGGGCCGGGCGUUGGAGCUUCACAGCCACCGCUGCCUGCAGAUCAUUCCUACCAUCCGCCCUUACCAGGGGAGCAUGCUGACCCACCGCCACUGCCGAGCAACAAAUGGUCCUCUGCUCCGUUGCUUUCGUCAGAAGCAGCUCCUCCUCUGCCAGAGGAGCCUCCAAGCCAUGGCUCAGGACAGGGGUAUCCCCCAGCUGGCCACCCCUGGGCACCAUCACCAGCCGGAGGCACAGGACAGUAUGCAUCAACACCUCAGCAGCAUUUAGCCGGCCCCCAGGGACCCUACCCAGCCAGCUACCAGACAGGGACUCCUUCACCGCACCUCAACGGUCAUGGGCAGCCACCCUGGUCCCAGGCAGGCUCGCAUGACCCGAGCUAUAAUGGUGCUCCCUGGGCCACGCCCACUGCGCAGCCGGCAGCCUACUCCCAGCAGCAGCAGUAUGAUUACCAGCUGCAGCAAUAUCCCAUUCAGGCAGCCUACGGGCACACGCCAUCCCCUUACGGGCACACGCCUUCUCCCUACGGGCACCAGCAACCACCGCAGGGAGGACCGCCAAACCCGUAUGCGCAGAUGUAUGGGCAGCAGCAGGCCUGGCGGGGGCCGCACGGCCACCAGCAGCCUGCGGUGCCUCAGCACCUUGCAUCAGGUCACGGUAUCUCACACCAGGCAGGUCACCAUACGCAGGCUGCACAACAGUAUCAGCAGCUUCCUGGGCAGCAGCAGCCGGGCGCGUGGGCAGCCCACACCCCGCCCGCGCAGCAGCCUAGUUGGGCGCAGUCACCCCAGCCCAGCCCUGCUGCAGCAAAUGGCUACCCCCAGCAGCAGCCCCCUCUACCUUCAACUCCUGCAGAGGCUGUGCCAGCACAUGCAGAGGUCCCAGGAAGGCCGGUCCUGCCAUUGAAUGUGACAGUGGUGGACGACCUGCUGACUGGACCGGGCAGGGCAAAACGGCCCAAGCUCAUAGCGGUGGUGAUCCGCGGCCUGCCGGGCAGCGGAAAAUCCCUCAUUGCGCGGCGGCUGCGCGACGCUGAGGUGGCGGCCGGGGGAUCCGCCCCCCGCAUCCACUGCAUCGAUGACUACUUUGUCACUGAGGUGGAGAAGGAGGUGUGGGAGAAGGAUGCAUCUGGCAAGCGGAAGAUGAAGCUGGUGCAGGAGACUGAGUACUGCUAUGAGGCUGACAUGGAGGGAGUCUACAAGGCAAGCCUGCUCAAGGCUUUCACGCGGACAGCUGAGGAGGGGCGCUCGCCUUUUGUGAUUGUGGAUGCGCCAAAUCUUCGAGUGGAUGACUUCAAGCCCUAUUGGGAUGCUGGUCAGAGGGCGGGCUAUGAAGUGUAUGUGUUGCAAGCGCCCGAGACAGACCCAAAGGUCUGUUUCGCGCGCAACACUCACAGCCGCACACUGGAGGACGUCACAGCUGCCCAGCAGCAGUGGGACCCAGCGGGCAUCAAGGAAGUCGACAUGGAGGAUGAGAGCGGCGAUGAGAGAUCAGAGCAUGACGCUGACUCACCUGCAGCGAGUCGCGCCAACAAGGGCCGGUGGGCCAGUCUUGACAACGGUGCAGAGGCGCAGCCAGAGAGGCCCAGAAAGAUGCGCAAGACUCGUUUCACUGAGAGGACAGAGUCGCCCGCCGCCAGAGAUAAGCAGGCGCGCAGACUCCUCCUGCUGCCAGCUUGUGGUGCCUGGAAGGCAAAGAAGAGGGUACGCUGGGCAGACGAGGCCGAGGAAGAAGACACGGGCUUCCACAUUGGAGGCGCCUCCCUGCGUCAGCUGGAGACGGUGUAUGUGCUGGAGGGAUUGGGUCCUCCCAAGGAGGACAGCUAUGGGCAGAAGAGCUUCUCUGAUCAGGUGAAAGCAGACCACAAGUCAGAGCAGCACAACUUCCGAGACAUCCUCCUGGGCCACCGGCGACCGUCGUGA